AACAUGGCGUCGUGGCGGCUGGUCUGUGUCCUGGCUGUAUGGACCUCUGUGUUGGGUCUGGCCCAGUGUUGUCCAGAUACCUGUAGCUGUCUGGAUAAAUACGCCCACCAUUUCGCUGACUGUGCCUACAAAGACCUGCUAUUAGUUCCCGUAGGCCUCCCCUUCAACGUCACCACUCUCUCUCUCUCUGCCAACAAGAUCAAACUCCUGAAGGCCAAGAGCUUUAUUAACGUCACCCAGGUGACCUCCCUAUGGCUGGCCCACAAUGAGAUCGUGACCAUAGAGAGGGACACCUUGGCACUGCUGAUCCAGCUGAGAAACCUGGACGUCAGCUACAAUAAGAUCAUCAGCUUCCCCUGGGAAGACCUGGCCAACCUCACCUCCCUUCAGCUACUCAAGAUGAACAACAACGAGAUGAUCAACCUCCCUAAAUAUUCCUUCUCGACUCUCAAAGACCUGAGGUCCCUGAGGAUCAACAACAACAGGUUCACUACUAUAGUUCAGGGGACCUUCAGCUCUCUGAGCUCCAUGUCUCACCUUCAGAUCUACAACAACCCCUUCACCUGCUCCUGCAGUCUGGAGUGGCUGAGAGACUGGAUUGCGGAGUCUAAGAUCUCUGUCCCGGAGCAGGACUCUAUCGUCUGCGAGGCCCCAGAGCAUCUGCAAGGGGCCCUGGUGACCAAAAUGCCCAAGCUGGACUGCAAGGCCCCGUCAGUGUCCAUCACCUACCAGCCAAACCUGGACAACACUGAGCUAUACGAGGGCUUUAUGGUGAUUCUCAACUGUGAGACCAAGGGCAACCCCAAACCAGAGGUCAGCUGGGAGGUGGUGAAUGCAGGGAACCAGAAGUUCACAUUCAGUUUGCCCUCUGUGGUCAGCAUGAAUAGUGACUCGCCCAUCAAUGAUAAAAGAACCAACGGCCGGUUCUUGGUCUUCCAGAAUGGCACUAUGAUCAUCCCCCGUAUGAGCAAGAAGGAGGAUGGGAACUACAGCUGCUCAGCUGUCAACGACCUCGGUAAAGCAGACAGCACAGUGAAGGUAGUGGUGGCAGGCACCAAGAAACAAGCCAUUAACUCCAUGCUGGACACCACAGCAGAUAAGAUCCUCCGUCCGUCUGGUGGAAACAAGCCGGGGCCUAAGAUGACCAACAACAUCAUCAACUGGCCCAAGUCCGACUCUGAGAAGACCAAGAACGAUCCAACUGGGUCGUCUGUUAAACACGCUGAUGGCUCAGUGCAGGCUGGCGAGGGCUCAGAGGAGCUUCCGUUUACCAGGAAGUGUGGCAUCAGCGAUGGCACUCAGUACAUCUCCAAUCACGCAUUCAACCUCAGUCUGGACCAGCUGAAACAAUAUACAUUUGAUUUAGGUGUCAUCGCGUUGGAGGUAUCCGAGACGGAGGCCAAAGUGCAGCUCAACCCUCUCCAGCUCCCCAACAGUAAGAACAACCUUCACCUCAGCCACAAUGAGAACCUAGAGACCGUCGACAAAGAGCCUUUCAGCCUCUAUCAAGGCUCAACCAAAACCCCUCUGGACAUGCUCUAUCUGUGUUUUAACACUGGUAACGGACACUCUGUGGUGCAGUGGUCCCGGAUAGAGGAAGGGAUCAACACCUAUAAGUUCCAGGGCCUACAACCAGGCACUAACUACACCCUGUGUCUGACCUACGGAGGGCAGGACUGUCAGGUCCAGGUUGUCUUCACAACCAGGAUGAGAAUUCCUUCUCUGUUGAUCAUAGUGAUGGUUAGUACCUUCCUGUUGGUCCUGGCUACAGUCCCUCUGCUGGGAGCAACCUGCUGUCAUCUCUUAAACAAGUACCAGGGAAAGACUUACAAACUGAUCAUGAAGGCAGCGCAGAAGAACCCAGAUCAAAUGGACAAACAUAUGGUUGGAGGUGAUUUCGACCCCCAGGUGUCGUUUGUGGAGUCAGAGAAGAAUUCUAACCCAAGUGAGAUAGGAGAGGGGGAGGACGGACAGGACGGGGAGGAGGUGGAGGGGAGUGUGGUUACCGAGUCUAUCCCGGGUUCUACAUUAAAAUUUGAGGUGGGUUCGGAGUACAGCGAUAGAUUACCAUUGGGCGCCGAGGCGGUGAAUAUCUCUGAGGAUGGAAACGGUAACUACAAAGAGCUGAGUCGCUGAGCAGAGCCGUGUGAUGCUAUCAGAGGAGAGAGAGAUUGUAAAAUAGUUACUUUCAACUACAUUUUAAAGCAGGUAACUCACAGAUCAUUAUUUCACGUAGAAAUGAUAGCCCUGAUGAAGGUGGAUAGUUCAUUUUACCUCAGAAAGUAAGUGGUAACCCGUUAUACCCCAAAGAAGAGACUUGUCCCAAAGCCACUAAUGUGCUGAGGGUCAUUGUCCUUUUGGAAGGUGAACCUUCACCCCAGUCUGAGGUCCUGAGCACUCUGGAGCCUCAGUUUUUCAUCAGGACUUCUCUUUACUUUGCUCUGUUCAUCUUUCCUUCGAUCCUGACUAGUCUCCCAGUCCCUGUCGCUGAAAAAAAUCCCCAUAGCACGAUGCUGCCACCACCAUGCUUCAUUGUAGGUAUGGUGCCAGGUAUCCUCCGGACGGAACAUUGGCAUUCAGGCUAAAGAGUUAAAUCUGGGUUUCAUCAGACCAGAGUAUCUUGUUUCUGAUGGUCUGACCAUUCUUUAGGUGCCUUUUGACAAACUGGAUGGUUCUCCCAUCUCCACAGAGGACCUCUGGAGCUCUGUCAGAGUGACCAUUGGGUUCCUGGUCACCUCCCUGCUCAAGGCCCUUCUCCCCCCGAUAGAUCAGUAACACUGCAUUCUUGGGGACCUUCAAUACUGCAGAAAUGUUUUGUUACCCUUCCCUAGAUAUGUGCCUUGACACAAUCCUGUCUCUGAGCUCUAUGGACAAUUCCUUCAACCUCAUGGUUUGUUUUUUUCUCUGACAUGCGCUGUCAACUGUGGGACCUUAUAUAGACCUUUCCAAAUCAUGUUCAAUCAAUUGCAUUUACCACAGAUGGACUCCAAUCAAGUUGUAGAAACAUCUCAAGGAUGUACAAUGGAAACAGGAUGCACCUGAGCUGAAUUUCGAGUCUCAUAGCAAAGGGUCUGAAUACUUAUGUUAAUAUGUGACUGACCGGCUCGAUUCGGUUUUAUGUAGCAAAAUUUGAAAUUGUGUUUUUCAUAUUGGAUAAAAGUAGAGACUCGGAGCUAGAAAAUGGUAUAUCGUACACUACAGUUGAGGAACAAUGGGAAAUCACUUUUGAGAAAAUAGCCCUUGAACAUUUUGGUACACCUACUGGAGAGCUCUUCUUUGUCUACACCCAUUCAACAUCGUUCACACCCUCUUAAGCUUUAGCCCCACCCAUCUCUUUAAGGAUUCACAUGUGAGGCAAUGUUCUAAACAACCAAAGAUUUCAAGACUAAAGGCUGGUAAAUACUACGGGUGUGUUCGUAAAUUUAAUCUGGAGUGCCAGAGUGUUUUCUAGGCAUUUGUAAUCUCAGCGUUGUCAGAUUGUCCGUUCGUAAAUUCAGAGUGUUUCACUGUCGGAGCGUUCAGAGCUGGACGCUCUGGCCGAGGAGUAGGGUUGAUCUGAGUGUUCUGACGUAACAACAGCAGUCAAGCACUCAAGCUAACGGGCUAAUGUUGGCUAUCUUGCUAGCUACUUUCAGACACAAAUGAGAAAACAGCUCACUCUGACCAUUUUACUCACCCUAGGAGAGCUGGGUAGGCUGUUUUAUCCAGAGUGUUGGUGACUGCAACUGUGCUGCUGGCAACAAUUUAAUUAAUCUCUUUUGCCAAAGGCCAUAUUCAAUAGGUGUUGAGUGUUCAUAAAUCUGUCAGUUAUCCACACUCAGACGAGAGGCUCUGAAAUCGGAGUAGAUAGCCAGAGCAAAUUACCAGCUACGUCUAUCGACAGUUGGCGCAGUGACAUCAUGAACAGUCUAUGAAAUGGUUACUUGCAUAGAGGAGUCUUUUGUUUGGACAUGUAGCUAGCUAGCUAGCUAAACAAUGAACCAUAAUCCCAACUCAUAACGUUACUACCCUGCAUGAAUCUGCGGGUAGCUAACCAACCAGGUUCAAUGUUACCUUGCUAACAUUAGGCUAUAAUGGCCCUGAGAUACAGGUAAUAUUAUUACACAGAUCAUACACAUAACAUUAGCUAGCGACCCAAAUCAAAUCAGACUUAAUUUGUCACAUGCACCGAAUACAACAUGUGUAGACUUUACUGUAAAAUGCUUACUUACAAGCCCUUAACCAACAGUGCAGUUCAAGAAGAAGAAAA